GCAGGGCGCCUGGGCGGCUCUCGGGCCGGCGAGGGGUUGCCAAAGGAGUUUUAGCAUGCACAGCACAGAAUCAAAAAAUGAACAUUUGGAGGAAAAAAACUUCCAAACAUCUACAACUCCUCAGAUCCUCAAUGAUCCUAAUAGUAAUGCAUGUGAAGAAACUAAAGAAACUGUCCUAUCAGAAACAGAGGAAACAAAACCACAGACGAAAAAGAUGAUACAUAUUUCUUGUCCUCCAGAGGGAAUAUUGAAUAGAAUUAUUACAAAUGGAGUUGCACUCUUUAUGGUAUGGUGUGUAAUCUGGUCAUUCACAGGCCCUGAAGCUCUCCCUGGUGGAAAUUUUUUUGGACUGUUAAUUAUUUUUUAUAGUGCCAUUAUUGGGGGGAAUCUUUUACAACUCAUUAGAAUUCCUUCGGUACCUCCACUUCCACCUCUUCUUGGGAUGUUACUGGCUGGUUUUAUCAUCAGAAAUAUUCCAUUCAUCAGUAAGCAUGUCCAAGUUCAUAACAUGUGGUCUUCAGUUUUAAGAAGCAUUGCCCUUACCAUUAUCCUAAUACGAGCUGGGCUUGGACUUGAUCCAAAGGCUUUGAAGCGUUUAAAAAUAGUUUGUAUAAGAUUGGCUAUGAUUCCAUGCAUCAUGGAGGCAUGUUCAGCUGCUGUAUUUUCCCACUUCCUUUUGAAAUUUCCCUGGCAAUGGGGAUUUCUAUUAGGUUUUGUACUAGGUGCUGUCUCUCCUGCUGUUGUUGUCCCUGCCAUGCUGCUUUUGCAGGAACGUGGAUAUGGUAGAGUAAAAGGCAUUCCAAGCUUACUAAUAGCUGCUAGCAGUUUGGAUGACAUCAUAGCUAUCACUGGCUUCCAUACAUGCUUGAGCAUAGUCUUCUCCUCAGGUGGCAUAAUUAACAAUUUCCUAUCCUCUUUACGGGACAUGGUUAUUGGUGUGCUGGCAGGAACAAUUUUGGGGUUUUUUGUUCGAUAUUUUCCAAGUGGAGAUCAGACAAAACUUCCACUGAAGAGAGCCUGCCUUGUUUUGAGUAUGUGUGUUUCUGCUGUCUUAGGCAGCCAUCGUAUUGGUUUACAUGCAUCUGGAGGAUUAUGCACAAUAGUGUUGACUUUCAUUGCAGGGACAAAGUGGGCCGCAGAAAAGAUUACAGUCCAAAAAAUUAUGGCAACUGCAUGGAAUAUUUUUCAACCUCUUCUUUUUGGUUUAGUUGGAGCAGAAGUGUCUGUUUCUUCUCUUAAAUCAAAUACGAUUGGCGUUUGUGUUGUUAUCCUGAGUUUGGCACUAUGUGUUCGAAUUUUAACUACUUAUGUGUUGAUGUGUUGUGCUGGUUUUAGUUGUAAGGAGAAAAUAUUUAUUGCUUUAUCAUGGAUUCCCAAGGCUACAGUCCAGGCUGUAUUAGGUCCUCUGGCUCUAGAAACAGCAAAAAUCUACGCACCCCACUUGGAAUCGUAUUCAAAGGAUGUGCUGACAGUAGCAUUUUUAGCCAUCUUAAUCACAGCUCCAAAUGGAGCUCUAAUUAUUGGCAUACUGGGGCCCAAAGUACUUACACGCCAUCAUGAACCAAGUAAAAUAAAAUUGGAAUUGUCAGGAUUUGAACAUCAUUAAAAAGCUUAUUUGCCAUCA